AUGGGCUCAUACGUCUCUGUCCCAAUCUGCAAGUCGCAGUACAAUGUGACAAUCGAUUGCAACCUUACUACUUACAACAGUAGCAGCAGUUCUAAUGGGACUCUGGUUUUCAAGUCCAUUGGAGGCGCUGAGAAAGGACAUGUUGAACCAGAUCCGGAUAUUGCAGGCAUUGGGAUACUCGGCGUCUUUGUUGGGGUCACGGCAUUUGCCAUGCUGAUCAGCAUCGCUGAUGUAUUGCGCCAAAUCCAAAAAACCUUCAAGUGGAAGCGCAUGUCGCCCAAAGAGUACAAACGCACCUUGACCGAUAUCUUCGAGGCUCUGCUCCAGUCCUGCAGUGACCAGCAAAUCUUUACUGGUGCCGCCUACGCUCUCACUCUGCGAUACUGGAGAGGCUGUUCAAUAACAGCAUACCACUAUAAUAUCGUCGCUAAUCUUAUGCUUCUCACCUGCGCCACGCAUCUGAUGAGUGUAACCAUUAUUCGCAACUACUGGAAGUUUCCUCUGUUGGCCCUCGCUCGGGUUCUUUGCGUGUCUGGAGUCUUCGUUCUUACUGGAGUUCUAAUGUCGAACCAAAAUGCCCAGAGCAGCGCGCCAUUUCCUACUGGCGUACCAUCCGAGGAUACCAUUGAGAAUGGCUCAGCAAUGUAUUUGGCGGCUGCUUGUUUCCAAAGCGAGGACUCGCACCUUACAGACAUCUUUCGGGAUUCAACCUCGAGUCCAGAUAAGUUCUUCAAUGGUGCACUCUGGCAGAGCACACCAAGGAAUUAUAUCCAAGGCUGGCGCUGGUAUCUCGUGACUCUGCUCUUUUAUGGAGCUGCCAUCAUUGCCGAGUUCAUUCGAUUCUGCCGUCGGGGCCAAAAGAGACCAGGGUGGAGAAAGAACCUCGCCGACAAGCUAGGUCCGUAUAUCCAUACCGGCACACAUCGUCGGCUGCUCAUCAAGUGGAUAUUCUUAAUCUACCUCAUCGGUGGAAUCGGCAUUAGCUGUGCCACGGUGGUCUUUUCAACGCAAUACAUCUACGGCCUUCGUUCCUACGUGGACAGAUCUGGCUGGCUCGAAGUCGAAUCUAACAAUGGACAAAAUCCUGAGAAUGACGCAACCUCUUUCGGCCAAUUGGUCCCCAUCUUCCUCAGCGCUCUAGUCUUUUUCACAUUCUUACAGACAAUAAGUGAAAAAUGGACGGAUCACAAGAAUCGCAAACACGGAGACGAAGAAAUAGCCGAUCAGACUGGAAACAUUCACUUUUUGGACCCUUCGCAUUACGACCUCAUCAAUCAGAUGCCAACCGAGACCAAACCCACAGCGACCUAUGGUGUUUCGACCGUGUCCUCAGGACCCGGGAAAACAAAACCCAAGCCGACUGGACCACCUAUGAAACUUCACAAUACAGUCUCAUCUGCCAAUGUCACGGCUCCAGGUCUCCAGAAGCCAGUAGGAGAACCUUUAAUGUCUCACAGCAGCGUACCUGCGACGAGUCCAGAGGCACAAUCGCUCUUAGAAACGAACCCGCAUGCGUCCAACCAUGAGGAACUGUACAUUGCAGAUCAGGAAGCCUCUGGACCACGAACGGAAUCGAGAAAUGCCACACAUGGCUCCGACCAUGACUACGAAGUCGGUUUGGCCGCUGCCCUGGCCUUCUCACCCUUUUCGCCUACUCCAUCUCAUGGUGGUGCAACGCCAUAG